ACAAAAACUUUAACGUAAAUUCUAAGUCGAAAAAGGGGCAUAAUUCUGUCAAAAUGCUUGAUAGAGUUACCUCCUCCUGUCUACAGGUUGGGGUCAUGAUGGUGAACAAGUGUGCAAAGUUUCAAAGCCAUAUGUCAAUGGACUUUGAAAAUAUUUGAACUAUUACAAAAACUUUAACAUAAUAAGUGGUUACGCCGACGCCGACGCUCGGGUGACUGCAAUAGCUCUACUUAUUCUUAUCGAAUAGUCGAGCUAAAAAGGGGCAUAAAUCUGUCAAAAUGCUUGAUAGAGUUACCUCCUCCUGUCUACAGGUUGGGGUCAUGAUGGUGAACAAGUGUGCAAAGUUUCAAAGCCAUAUGUCAAUGGACUUUGAAAAUAUUUGAACUAUUACAAAAACUUUAACGUAAAUUCUAAGUCCAAAAAGGGGCAUAAAUCUGUCAAAAUGCUUGAUAGAGUUACCUCCUCCUGUCUACAGGUUGGGGUCAUGAUGGUGAACAAGUGUGCAAAGUUUCAAAGCCAUAUGUUAAUGGACUUUGAAAAUAUUUGAACUAUUACAAAAACUUUAAACAUAAGUGGUUACGCCGACGCCGACACCGACGCCGACGCUCGGGGUACUACAAUAGCUCUACUUAUUCUUAUCGAAUAGUCGAGCUAAAAAUGGCUCUUAAGCAUUUGAUUCAUGGACAUGCUGCCAUUGUUCAGCAUCUUGAGCAGGUAAGAAAUUAAUUAUUACUCAUUUAACGUUUAAAUGAAAUGAACAUUUUACAGCAAUAACUUAAUUUGUAAAUUGAUAUUGUGAUAUUUGAUUGCGAUUUGUUUUUGAUUGAUUGCUAUUCACUUAUUUAGAUGCAGAACCCUACAGAUCCCACCCACAGAAAGGAGUCUGCUGCAAAGGGAAAGAAUUUUCUCAAACUGUUAAAAGACCGCCGCAUUAUCAUUUGGCUCCAUCUACUUAUGGACAUUGUUUCAUGUCUAAGUCAAGUGUCAGAAUCUAUUCAGGAGGCUAACAUCUCUUUAGCAGAAGUGUGGAAUGAGAUUGAGUCUGCAAAGACUAUUUUACACAAGUAUAAAACAAGCUGACUUUGGAGAUGCUGAUAUAGCAGAUUUAGUAACUGUAUGCAGACCUGCUUUAAGUUUAUGUGUGGAACAAGAUGGUAUGGACAUCGAAGAAAUAGAGCCAGAGUGGACACGAUUUAAGGCAGAUGUGUACAACAGCAAGAAGAACAUGAUAAGAUCUCUGUCAUGGUCAACAUUGUGGGGGUCUUCAUCUGAUAAGUAUCCAAAUUUAUUUGGACUAGUCAGUUACCUGCUAUCUUUGCCAUCCAGUUCAGUUGAUGCAGAAAGAGGCUUUUCUAGGAUGAAGAUUCUGAAAUCAGAUUGGCGGUCAUGUCUGUCAGAUAGGCGCCUUACUGAUCAACUUCUGAUAUCCACAGAAGGAGAAGCAAUAGGGGACUUUGAUCCUGAUGCAGCUGUGGCCCACUGGGAGUCUUGUGGUACAAGGCAGAGAAGGCCAUUCUACAAUGACUCUUUCAAGCCAAAGAAUGCUUCAAGUUCAUCUCAUGUUGAUUCAGUGGAGAAUGAUGUUGGUGUUAACUACGAACAGCUAGUUGAUGACUUGUCCACUUGCGAUGUGGAUAAUGAUGAUGAAUUUGAACAAGAGGCCAGCCGGGACAUGCAUCUCAUGCAGAACAAAGCUUAUAGACUGUUACUUGAUCUCAUAUAAUUUAUGUAUUUUGAUUCUGUCAAUAAAUUUGAAGAGAUCUGCUGCUAUUGUUUUCUUACCUUCAGAUAAAUACACUCAAAAUGCAUUGAAAUAGAAUGAGAAACAAUUUUUUAUUUUUUACAAUGAGGACUACCUCAAUUUGCCAAGGACUACCUGAUCCUAAAAGUAGGUAGUCCUUCUGACUACCUCUAAAAAAAGUUAGUGUCUAGCCCUGUCAAGUUUCAUAAAAAUAUUUUCAGUACUUUUCAAGUUAUCGCGGGAUCCAGUUUUGUGGACGAACUGACGGACAGACAGACAAACAGACGGACAGACAGACGGACAGACGGAGGGUAAACCUAAAGUCCCCUCCGGUAAACCGGUAGGGGACUAAAAACAGGCAUAUAAAAAUUGAAUUGGGUGCCUAUAAUCAAAUCAAGCUUUUGAUGUAUUGUUGCAGCCCUAAUUUUUUUUUUUCAUUCAAAACGUUUUUUAGCAGACUGUAAUUGAAUAAUUAAAAGAUAUAGCAUUUAUUAAUCAUAAUAUACAAUAAGAAGAUUUGUGGUAAGAUUUGUAAAUCAUCAGAUCUGGACUGUGGAUUGGAUCACUACAUUACUGGCAAUACACAGCCCAGUCUACAAAAUGAUGGACAAUGCCAUACAAUAAUUCGUCCCGAAGGUAUUCAGGCAUUAUA